UUCCCGGAUGUUACCGAGCAGGUUGUUAUCAUGACAACGACAACGCUGAAAUCUCACCACGCGUUUAACGUCUGUAUGCGGAACGCUUUACGUUUAUUUCAUUCAUGGAGACUAGCGCGAGCUCGUAUCUUAUUAGACCGAAUUAUAAACACAAGUUUAAGGCAGGGGUGGCAAAAGAGUAUAUGAGGGAAAUCCUCAGAGAAGAGCUGUCUGGAGUUCAGUAUAACCCAGAGGAGAUCCCCACACUGUCCAGAUCUUUAGCAGACUCGAUUAAAAACAAACUGAAAGCUCUUGGUUUUGAAAGAUACAAGCUCAUCGUGCAGGUGGUUAUUGGAGAGCAGCGAGGAGAGGGAGUCAAGAUGGCUGCACGCUGUUUUUGGGAUGCAGACACGGACAGCUACGCUCAAGAGAUGUAUAUGAAUGACAGCUUGUUCUGUGUAGCAGCUGCUUUUGGUGUCUACUAUUACUGAUGGAACAGAAGACUCAGAUCACCAAAUAUAUUAUUUUAUUUAUUAUAGUAACUUACUAUUAUUUCAGUUAUGUUCAUGUUUACUUCUUUGGCAUUGACGAUACUGAAAACAUCUAAAGGUUUGUUAAAAAUGGUUUUAUAUAAAUAUUUGUAUUAUCAUUUUGUGUUUGGCAUUUGUACAGUAUAUACUUUUAUUGUACUUUUGGAUGGUUUCUACAGUAGUGGUUGGUUUCUAAGAGCACCCACGUGUUUCUAUAGCUACAUACUUACUAACUAUAUGUGGAUUCACAUAAAACCUAACAUUUUAUGUGGAUGUGUGAAAAAUAACUUCAGUGCGUUCAGUGUGAACAGCCAGGGUGGAUUUCAAUUUAACUCAACUUUCGAUAUUAUGGUAUUUACAUUUUCAUGUAUACUGGGGGUGUGUGAUGGUUUCACACUGUUGCAAGUUUUUUCCUGUUUACAAAACGAUUUUAAGAAAAGAAAAUAAAGCUGUAAGCUUCAUAAGCAAGUGUUUAGUGGUUUGUUUGGCGCUCAUUUUAAAUAUGCAAAUGAAAGGACAUUGGACACAUGGACAUUUAUGUAAUAGUGCUCUUUACCCAUGUCACAAAGUUUUUUCUCAAAUAGUAUAUGAAAACACACAUGCAAAUCUGUAGUUCUUGCUUGACAUUAUAUACACAAUGUUUUUUCCAUGCUGUCUAUUGAUUUCCUGUCAUAAGUAAUACACUAUUACAGCCUUGAACUUGUGACUUAUAAAUACAUUAGCAAAUUAAAUGAUAUUUCUAUAGCCAUGUAUUACAUAAUUUUUAAAAACUUUUCCUACCGUUAUUGAGAUUUUCCAUCAUUUGCACAAAAUAAUUCCUGCAAUUGAAGGUUUUUCCAUAAUUUAUGACACGACUUGAUUAGUUUUUUCUGCAGGCCAUGUUUUCACUGUUAUGAAGUAAGGAGUGCCGUUAUGCCAUCUUUUGAAAGAGAUCCAAAAACAAGUCUACAGUCAACGCAGCCAUCUACCAGGAAAUUUUAGAGCUUUUCAUGCUUCCUUCUGCUGACAAGGAUCUUUAUGGAGAUGCUGAUUUCAUUUUCCAGCAGGACUUGGCACCCUCUCACACUUCCAAAGGCACCAAACGCUUGUUAAAUGACCAUGGUGGUACUGUGCUUGAUUGGCCAGCAAACCCGCCUGACCUGAACCCCAUAGAGAAUCUAUGGGGUAUUGUCAAGAGGAAGAUGAUUGACACCAGACCCAACAAUGCAGAUGAAGGCCGUUAUCACAGCAACCUGGGCUUUCAUCACACCUGAGCAGUGCCACAGGCUGAUUGCCUCCACGCCACGCCACAUUGAUGCAGUAACUCAUGCAAAAGGAGGCCCAACCAAAUAUUGAGUGCAUAGAAAUGAACAUACUUUUCAGAAGCCUGACAUUUCUAUUUAAAAUAUACUUUGUUUUAUUGAUCUUAUGUAAUAUUCUCAUUUUCUGAGAAACUGAAUUUUGGGUUUUCAUUAUCUGUAAGCCAUAAUCAUCAAAAUUUCAAGAAAUAAAGGCUUGAAAUAUUUCACUCUAUGUGUAAUGAAUCUAUAUAAUAUAUAGGUUUCACUUUCUGAAAUGAGUGACAAAAAUAUUAACCUUUUUAAUGAUAUUCUAUUUUUUUGAGAUGUACCUGUAUAUUUUCUAGUUCUGUUUUUUCAUUAUUAUUUUACAAUUUUAGUUAGGCUACGUGGACUCGGUGCGCUGCACCAUUGAUUAUUGUCACACACAAACAAGCACAACGAAAAACCACAAUUCACACAAACACACAGCUCUGUCUAAUGCGCUAUUCUUAUUAUUCUUAGCACAGGCCGAUUUUUUCGUAGCACUUUUGUUUUUUGUCCGGUCGGGCAAGUAAAGUUCUCUCUCACUUGCCCAUACAAAACAUUCACUUUUCUCAGACAAGUGGA